GACUUGGUGCCGUAUUGUUUACGUCUAUGGCGAAAGUAGGUCAUAGAAAGAGUAGCACUGCUAGUUUACUAGCUAGUGGGAGAAGACUCGGACUUUUCCCCCCACAGAAAACAUAGUUAACUAUAGAUACUCGCACUACGGCUUCUAAUACAUUACGCUGUACGGACACCGAAGAAGGAUUUCAGAGGCUGUCAGGUGACCUCUACAAAGCUGGUGUGGUGGCCUUUGGCUGGCAUGUCCAGGCGCAGCAGAAACAGUCGAGCGUGGCGGUACUUGUGGAGUGGAAUUCGACGGGACGCAGAUGCGAGAGCACUGGUACUGGCAUCAGACAACGAGGAGUGGGGCUAUGAUCGCCUACAGAACAGUGACUCAGACUCAGAGGCUGAGUAUCCUGGUAUUGUGCCCUCAGUGCCGAGUGCAGUACCUGUAACUGGAGAGUCAUAUUGCAGCUGUGAUUUGCAGAUGGAGUCGAGCUGCAACCCGCGUCUGCGCAGUUACGCACGGCUGAGGGACUGUCACUGUGGUGAGGACGACCAGGAGUUUGAUUGGGUAUGGGAUGAGGGCAGCCGUUCGGCAGCGACGCUGCUCAGCUGUGAGAAUAGGAAGGUGAGCUUCCACUCAGAGUAUAGCUGCGGCACGGCGGCCAUCCGUGGCUCCAAGGAGCUUUCUGAGGGACAGCACUUCUGGGAGAUCAAAAUGACCUCCCCUGUCUACGGCACGGACAUGAUGGUAGGCAUCGGUACUUCAGAUGUGAAUUUGGACAAAUACAGACACACUUUCUGCAGUUUGUUGGGCAAAGAUGAAGACAGUUGGGGCUUGUCAUAUACAGGUUUGUUGCAUCAUAAUGGUGACAAAGUGAGCUUCUCAUCUCGGUUUGGCCAGGGUUCUAUCAUAGGAGUUCACCUGGACACCUGGCAUGGAACUCUUACCUUCUUCAAAAAUCGCAAAUGCAUUGGUGUAGCUGCCACAGAGCUGCAGAACAAACGUGUGUACCCCAUGGCGUGUUCCACUGCUGCCAAAAGCAGCAUGAAGGUGAUCCGCUCAGUCUCCGCACCCACCUCUCUCCAGUACCUCUGCUGCUGGCGCCUUCGCAAGCUCCUCCCCUCCGGAGCCGAUGCCCUUGGUGUGCUGCCACUCCCACCUGGUCUCAGGCACCUCCUGCACUCCAAACUUGGUUGGGUGCUAAGCUUGGACCACUCGCAUCCACAUACAAACUCAAACACGCACACUCCACCUGGACCCUCUUCCGGCAGUGACUCAGAAGGCUGUGCUUCUGAUCCUGAGGCCUGCCAGAGGAAACGUUGUCGUUGGACCUAAAAUUCUGCUUUUCUUGUGAACGCACGUGUGUGCGUGCACACACACACAUAUGUACAUGUGUUCAGGCUGUCCCAUUGUACAAACUCAAAUGUUUUGUUUUGGGGUGCUCACAUGGUUGGCUGAAAGGAACCUUUUGAAUAGAAUCAUAUUUCAAUUAAGUUAUUGUAUGUAUUUCAGAUUAGUAUAUAAUGUUUCUGAUUUAACAAAUAGACACCCAAGGUAGAGUAUACUUUUGUACUUUAAUCUCUGUGGGUCUGUUGAAAUCUCAUCUCAGUGUAUGGAACAUUCAGACAUGCAAAACAGUACUUUGUGGAUAUACAGAGACAUGUAAAACACACAAACUCUCAGAAUGAUGCUGUUUUUUCACUUUAGAGCUCUGUGCUGAAGCUCACUUCUGUGUUGCUGACUACCUUAUCUAGUUCUUUGUUACAAAACAUAAUGUCACAUUGUCCCAUCUCCUAUAAGCAGUUUAAUACAUUAUGUCAGUAUUAUCAUUGAUCAUUAGCCUCAGUGCUCUGUACAGCAUCAUGCUGGCAUCCAUAGAAUUAUUUAUGGGUAAAAUGGACUCCAAAAUGGAUGUAGGGCAGUGUACAUUAGGUAUCAACCUUUUUUUGAUGUACCACUGAAAUUUACCACCCAAGUUAGCAACUGAAAUGACUAGGUAGACAACCAUCUUCAUUAAUAUUGCAAUAAUGAAAUUUGCUGAAACUAAUGAUGUGUGCUUACUUCAAUGGAAGAAAUUGGUAAACAUGAGACGUUUGGAACAAUCAUAGCAAUUGUCUUGUUUACACAACUGUCACAGUGCAGCAAUAUAUGACUGACAAAUGCUCUUGCUGCCAAAAGUGGGUCCCCUAUAACUACUAAUGCUAUCUUUUAUGAAGUGUUGAAGCUUCCUAGAUGCUCCACAUUUUUGCAACCCAGCUGUUAAGAAUGUGGAACAUCAACUACAAGUAUACAAGUGUGGAUGCUGCAGUGUGAGACUGGGUUCAGAAACUCUGUACUGAUGUGUAUAAUGUUACCAUCAAUUAACAGCAGAAGUUUUAGAAAUUGUUCUGAAGGCAUUUUGGUUUUCCCAUAGCUCACUUUGUAAGAAAUGCCACACCGUCUUUAGAAAUAUUUGUGCAACCUAUACGACGUAUCUCAUGUGAACUGGAGUUUUUCACUAGGGACACUUUUACCUUGAUGCAAAAAAUUGCCAGUGUUGGCAGUCUAUUAGUGGCAGACAGGAAAGUCAGAGCCACACCCCAAACCACUUUUCUAAAUAACAAAUUCACAAUGUUGACUGGAAAGCCAGUAGUGUUGGUUAGGCCUACACAAUAUCAAUAACAGUACUACACUGUGGUGAUAAUACUACAUAUAGAGACUCAAGAUAGGCCGUGCAAUGUACUAAAAUGCCGGUGGACAGUGUGACGUUUAAGUAUUUAACUUUUUUGUUUUAACCAAAAAUAUUUUAAGUUUAUUGGUUAUGUAAUCUAAUAUUGUCCUUUGUCAAAAUACCACUCAUCUGAGAACACAAAUAUUUGAUUUAUCGCAUGACUGAAUUGCAUCUGAAUUGCAUAUUGUGGCCUUCUGGAAUAUCAGUAUUGUAAAAGCCAAUACUACAAUAAUGAUUAUCAAACAUUACAUUGUGCAACCCUAGUGUUUUAAUCAGUGUUUGUUCUGAAUUAAAAUGCUAUCUGAACAAUGUGCAUGACCCAUUGUUCUUAUGAGCAUAUUUCUUUAUAUCUCUCUGUGAGGGUCAUAUUUAAUUGGUAAGGGGUUUUAUUGUAUAUAAUUUUUGUAAAUCACAGUUGUUGUUUUUUUGUUAUGCAUUCAGCACUUUUUUCUGCUUACUGUGUGUAUACAGAAAUACAUUCAGGUCCUCUAUGCUGUGGUCAGUAAAAAAGCACAGCUUCUGUCCACAUUGCAAGAAUUGGUGAAAUCAAGACAGCUCAAAAUGUGGCUGUGGUUUGUACAUAUUGCAUGCCUUGGCCUUUUCUCUUUACUCUGACUCUAGUAUAUGUCAAAGAUUGCCUCUGAAGUAUGAUGGAAAAAAACUGGAAGAAAAUUAUAUAUGAAUAAAAAGAGUCUAUA